UCUCUGCUGCCCAGUUUGCCAUCUGCUCGACUAUACUCGUAUCAAUUUGUCGGAAAAAUGCGAGAAAUUGUGCAUUUGCAGGCCGGUCAGUGCGGAAACCAGAUCGGAGCUAAGUUCUGGGAGGUGAUCAGUGAUGAGCACGGCAUUGAUCCCACUGGUGCAUACCACGGAGACAGCGAUCUGCAGCUAGACAGAAUCAGCGUCUAUUACAAUGAGGCCACAGGUGGAAAGUAUGUGCCCCGAGCCAUCCUGGUGGACCUGGAGCCUGGUACGAUGGAUUCAGUCAGGUCCGGUCCCUUCGGGCAGAUCUUCAGACCCGACAACUUUGUCUUUGGACAGAGUGGAGCUGGAAACAACUGGGCCAAGGGCCACUACACGGAGGGAGCCGAGCUGGUGGACUCCGUCCUCGAUGUCGUGAGGAAAGAGGCCGAGAGCUGCGAUAGCCUCCAGGGCUUCCAGCUCACUCACUCCCUGGGUGGCGGUACCGGCUCCGGCAUGGGCACCCUGCUCAUCAGCAAGAUCCGCGAGGAGUACCCCGACCGCAUCAUGAACACCUUCAGCGUGGUGCCUUCGCCCAAGGUGUCGGACACCGUGGUGGAGCCUUACAACGCAACUCUCUCCGUCCACCAGCUGGUAGAGAACACAGAUGAGACCUACUGCAUUGACAAUGAGGCUCUCUAUGAUAUCUGCUUCCGCACACUUAAACUCACCACCCCUACCUAUGGGGAUCUAAACCAUCUGGUGUCCGCCACCAUGAGCGGGGUGACCACAUGUCUGCGUUUCCCCGGCCAGCUCAACGCCGACCUCCGUAAACUAGCGGUCAACAUGGUGCCCUUCCCCCGCCUGCACUUCUUCAUGCCAGGCUUCGCCCCUCUCACCAGCCGGGGCAGCCAGCAGUACCGCGCCCUGUCCGUGCCCGAGCUCACCCAGCAGAUGUUCGACGCCAAGAACAUGAUGGCCGCCUGCGACCCGCGUCACGGCCGCUACCUCACCGUGGCCGCCGUGUUCAGGGGCCGCAUGUCCAUGAAGGAGGUGGACGAGCAGAUGUUGAAUGUGCAGAACAAGAACAGCAGCUACUUCGUCGAAUGGAUCCCCAACAACGUGAAGACGGCCGUCUGCGACAUCCCACCCCGGGGCCUCAAAAUGGCCGCCACCUUUAUCGGCAACAGCACAGCCAUCCAGGAGCUGUUCAAGCGUAUCUCCGAGCAGUUCACCGCCAUGUUCCGCCGUAAGGCCUUCCUCCACUGGUACACUGGUGAGGGCAUGGAUGAGAUGGAGUUCACAGAGGCGGAGAGCAACAUGAACGACCUGGUGUCUGAGUACCAGCAGUACCAGGACGCCACCGCCGAGGAGGGCGAGUUUGAGGAAGAGGGAGAGGAGUCAGUGGCCUAAAACCUCGUCCUGGCCAGCUGCCAAACCUCAUUUUAACUCCCCCAUCCCCCAAAUCCAUCCCUUUCAUCCCUCUUCAUCUGGAAUUAAAAACGUUCACCAUUUAGACCCCUCUAGUGUUAGACAUCAACGGUACUGAUGCUAGUGACGUUUUUGU